CGAUCGUUAAUUUUUCACCGGAUACAAACGAUAUUAAAGGUCUUUCUGGUACCUGGCUGAAACGCUUCAUGCUAGAAGCAAAAGCAAAGGCUUUGAGUAUAAAAUUUCUAAGAAACCCACCUGAAAAUGACGAAGAGGACAACUUUGGUCUCGACGACCCCAACAACCACCACUUAUUUUCCAAUGCACAAAAGGCAACAUAUUUUGCGAAAUUAUAA